AUGGACGUCGACAAUCUCCCUCUAUCUGAACUAAGAGCCGCCGUCACCUUCCUCUCUGCCGUCCUCCACUACUCCCGUCCGGAUACGACCAAGUCUAGGAACCCGCAAGAUAAGGCGAAAGCGAACAUAAGGCAAGCCGUUUCCACUCUCUUGACGACUGGCGGCGAGUCGGACCAAAAGGGCAGCAAGGUCUUCGCUGUUAUAGGCUCCUUGAAGCGCGAUUCGAUCACUGCAAUCCUCACUUCACGCAACCUGUCACCGUGGCGUAGAACACCAAAUGAGCCUCGUAUUCCAACUUCAGAGACCUUUGAGUCGGAUGCCACCAAGGGGUCUGAAGUUCUACAAAACGUCUUGCAAGGAGAGCGAAAGGACGCCGACAAUUUCAAAGGGCACAUCCAAGACGUCGUCAACAUGAUCCACUACUUCAUGAAGGACAAGACCGAUUUCUCUCAUAUGGCUGCCUCUGAACUUGCCGAUGGUGCCAAUGCGAUAUCCCUAUUCCUCUUCAUCGUCUAUCGCUGCCGCUACAAGCUGCUUUCACGUAUCCAGAACGGACGCAGCAUAUGGAAACUUGACGAUGACAUGCAUCCAACGACCUACAUCCACGCCCAGCUCAAAAAGGCGACAAUAAGUUCCAUCUCGAUUCCUGAAGACACAUAUGUCUCUCUGCCCGGCAAGCUACGGUCGGCCCUCGAAGCCGUGAACAUUUCCAGGGAUCUCUCUCAUCCUGCGAAAAACCCGGACCACGACUCGUACCCGGUCACGGCAGAGAACGCGGCGACAUGGGCGCAAGUGUUCGAAGAUUGCCUCAACACUAUGGAGACGCGCCUCGAAGCCUUAGUGAAUGGCGAGAAGAAGAAGAAGGAAGGUGGGGCGGAGGCACGUGAUACCAUCGCCCUGUAUGGUUCGAUGAAACGGUUGAAGUCCCUCCUCGAUAGCAACGUCCUCCAUUUUCUCCUCACCCCGAACAUCAAGGAGAAGCUGGACAAGGCGCGCAAACCGAGUUUCUCUCAAGUGGAAAAACUCGUCAGAAGGACAGUCCAAGGCACCGGGGAAGAUGACGCUCGUUCCGAGUCCGAUACAGAUAAGGACAUCCCGGGUUCGACGGCAGAUGUUGACACUGACAAGGAUGACGAGGAGGCCGCGGAGGCGCUUCCUGACGAUGACGAGCCGGUCGGAGACCACCUUACCCGAUACCUAAAGACUCUCACCAUGGCCCUCGAUAUCACGUCCAUCAUCCUCUACCUACCGAAGAUAUCCCCUGCUCCCCCCUUGACCGCCAUCUAUGUCGACGACGGACCGCUCGAACGGUUUAAUGUGUGGCCUUACCUAGGCAUGGUCCGCGAGGAGAUCCAGAAGAUCUUGGCGGAGGAUGUCAACGUUUCCGCGGAUGACCUUAACAAGACGUUGAACGAUGCGGCUUCGCAAGUCAACAAAUCAAGCGUGCAUGCGGAGGCUACGCUCAUGGCGCGCGUGUUGUCUGCGUUUACGAAGGGCUCACCCCCCGAAGAACAGGCGUCGUUGGCGAAGGACAAAACCAUCGCUAUCGGCGUUAGCAAAAAGUGCUGCUACUGCUGCCAUCUCCUUGCUCGGCUUGUCACGGAACGACUGGGUGGAGUGCAGCUCAUUCUCCCAGGCACUCACUCCAUCGUUGUUCCUUGGCACCCUCCGGAUGGACUUCCUAUCGACAUACUGAAGAGGAUGACGGAGAAACUGUUUCAGGCGGUGAGGGAACGGUUGACAGAUGCCACGGUUGUUCCCAGUUUGACGCAGACGACGCCGCUGCACUCCAGUGCCGAUCUUCCUGAAGAGGACGAAUUAUUGGAGAUUCUUCUCGCAGCCCGGAACAUGUAA